GAGAAAUCCCCUGGCACGCAAUAGUGGUGAUGAUUUUGUCAGUGCCAGAGUUUGGGAAAUGUGCCUGAUGAUCUCUGAGUGUUUGUUUGGAAUGGAAUGACUAGUUUUCCUUGACACUUAAACUCCAUUUGAAUACAUGAUUCUGGCUACAAUCAUUGCCAACUGUGUUGUGCUGGCUUUGGAACAGCACCUGCCGAAUGGAGACAAGACCCCCAUGGCUCGAAGUUUGGAACAAACUGAGCCAUAUUUUAUUGGGAUCUUUUGCUUUGAAGCUGGGAUUAAAAUUGUAGCACUGGGAUUUGUAUUCCACAAAGGAUCGUAUCUUCGGAAUGGCUGGAAUGUAAUGGAUUUCAUUGUCGUCCUGAGUGGGCUCCUGGCCACAGCAGCAACGCACUUCAACCUCCGAACUCUGAGGGCAGUCCGUGUUCUGCGACCUCUGAAGCUGGUGUCUGGGAUUCCCAGUUUGCAGAUUGUGUUGAAGUCCAUCAUGAAAGCAAUGGUCCCUCUGCUGCAGAUUGGCCUGCUCCUCUUCUUUGCCAUCCUCAUGUUUGCCAUCAUUGGCCUGGAGUUCUACUAUGGUAAACUGCACCGUACCUGCUAUACAGAUGACGCCGCAGCGGAAGAACUGGACUUUCAAUUUCCUUGUGGCACUCAGGAGCCAGCCCGUCUCUGCCCAAAUGGCACUUUGUGUUCAUACUGGAUCGGACCCAAUGAUGGCAUCACUCAGUUCGAUAACAUCCUGUUUGCACUACUGACUGUCUUCCAGUGCAUUACCAUGGAGGGAUGGACCACCAUCCUCUACAAUACGGAUGAUGCCUUAGGAGCAAUGUGGAAUUGGCUGUACUUCAUUCCGCUCAUCAUCAUCGGCUCCUUCUUUGUGUUGAACCUUGUUCUGGGAGUGUUGUCUGGUGAAUUCGCCAAGGAGCGGGAGAGGGUGGAAAAUAGGAGGUCGUUCCUGAAGCUCCGGCGGCAGCAACAGAUUGAGCGGGAGCUAAAUGGAUAUCGGGCCUGGAUCGACAAAGCAGAGGAAGUGAUGUUACUGGAAGAAAAUAAAAAUGCUGGAGAGAAAUCAGCCCUGGAUGUCCUUAGAAGAGCAACAAUCAAAAAAGGCCGAAUGGAUAUGAUCCACACAGAGUCAAGUGAUGAUCACUACACUGAAAUAUCUUCUGUGGGGUCUCCGCUGGCAAGGGCCAGCAUUAAGAGCACCAAGCUAUUGGAGGGUUCAUCUUACUUCCGCCGCAAGGAGCGCAUGCUACGCAUCUCCAUUCGUCACAUGGUCAAGUCACAUGCCUUCUAUUGGAUUGUCCUGGGCCUGGUGGCCCUUAACACAGUGUGCGUUGCUAUUGUCCACUAUGACCAGCCCUUGUGGCUCUCCAACUUCCUAUACUAUGCCGAAUUCACCUUUCUGGGUCUCUUUCUGUCCGAGAUGUUUCUAAAGAUGUACGGCUGUGGUCCUCGACUUUAUUUUCACUCCUCCUUCAACUGUUUUGACUGUGGGGUUAUUAUCGGCAGUAUAUUUGACGUGGUGUGGACGAUAAUUCGGCCAGAAACAUCUUUUGGCAUCAGCGUUCUCCGUGCACUGAGAUUACUCCGAAUUUUCAAAAUCACAAAGUACUGGGCCUCUCUGCGGAACCUAGUAGUCUCCUUAAUGAGCUCGAUGAAAUCCAUCAUCAGCCUCCUGUUCCUCCUCUUCCUCUUCAUCGUUGUAUUUGCUCUUCUGGGGAUGCAGCUGUUUGGUGGUCAAUUCAACUUUGAGGAAGGUACACCUCCAACCAACUUUGACACCUUUCCCGCUGCAAUCAUCACUGUGUUUCAGAUUUUAACGGGUGAAGACUGGAACGAGGUGAUGUACAAUGGGAUAAAAUCACAAGGAGGUGUAAACUCUGGAAUGUGGUCUUCUGUCUAUUUCAUUGUCCUCACACUCUUCGGCAACUACACCUUGCUGAAUGUGUUUCUGGCAAUCGCAGUCGAUAAUCUAGCUAAUGCCCAGGAAUUGACCAAGGAGGAGCAGGAAGAGGAGGAAGCCAUCAACCAGAAACAUGCUCUGCAGAAGGCAAAAGAAGUCAGCCCCAUGUCUGCCCCAGGGUUCCCCUCUACGGAGAGGGAAUUCCGGAGGCACAAGCACAUGUCUAUAUGGGAGGCCAGAACCAGUCAGCUGAGGCGACGGAUGCAGAUGAGCAGCCGUGAGGCUCUCUUUGCCGAAGCACUGCAGGGGCUGGAGGGCAGCAGGUACCGGAGGCAUCGUUCCAGGAUCUUCGAAGGCGAAAGUCUCUGGCGGCUGGGUGACCUGCAGGCCAGGGACACCGAUCAGCUGGGAGAGGGCGGCAAGCGAGAAACCUUCAAAAGUCGGUCACUCCGCAAUAACUGGCAGCCAGCAGAUCCAAGCAAGGAAGACGCCUCAAUAAAAGUGAAUGGAGAUCAGGACCACCGGCAGGGCCGAGCUCUCAGCCGCAGCAUUGAGGCUAGGCAGAGCUUCAGAAUGGCCGAACCUGUCAGGGCCAAGAGGAGGUACAGGUCUCUCUAUAAGGAAGCAAAACUAGGGCUGGAGGAGAGCGCCGAGACCACUCUCAGCCACCGGGCCAGCAAGAGCAAGGAGGAGGGGCUACUGCAGCGACUUCCUGAGGAGCAGGAGAGCAGCCAGUCCACCCAUGGCCCCGAGGGGAAAGAUGCUCAACAGCCAAUGAAGGCAUUCUCUUGGCAAGGGAAGCCACACACAAGCUCGACCAAUCGAACUCUUGGUGCAGACACAAGCUCAUCCAGCAGGCAAGUGGAGAAAGACUGUACCAGUGUGCCUGAGAGUGAAAAAGUUGACAAUGCAAAGAACAGCAAGCAGGUGAAUGAACAAACCAGCUUGUUAAACAUGCAGCUGGAUCUACAAACCACUCAAACAUCCGCAGGAGAGAAGGAGCUGACCACCAGUUCCAGGGACAUAGAGCAGGACAAGGCACAGGAGCAGACAGAGAUUGAUAUAGACUGUGAAAACACGGAGACACCCAUGGAUUCCCUCGUCACACCAGGAAAUGUGUGCAGCAGCAGUAGUUCAGUAAAAGAUGAAGAGAAGAAAUCCAAGGCGAUUAUACCCUACAGCUCCAUGUUUCUCUUCAGCACAACCAACCCGGUCCGCAGAGCAUGCCAUUUCAUUGUCAACCUGCGCUACUUUGAGAUGUGUAUCCUUCUGGUGAUUGCAGCCAGCAGCGUGGCUCUCGCAGCGGAGGAUCCCAUCAACAAGGACUCAUCUAGAAACCAGGUGCUCAAGUACUUCGACUACGUGUUCACAGGAGUUUUCACCUUUGAAAUGGUAAUAAAGAUGAUAGACAUUGGUUUGAUUUUCCAUGAAGGCUCUUAUUUCCGCGACGUUUGGAACAUUCUGGAUUUCAUUGUAGUGAGUGGAGCACUGGUUGCGUUUGCUUUCACGGGCUCCAGUGGGAAAGACAUAAACACCAUCAAGUCUCUACGUGUUCUCCGUGUGUUACGGCCACUCAAGACCAUUAAGCGACUCCCUAAACUGAAGGCAGUAUUCGACUGCGUGGUGACAUCACUGAAGAACGUGUUUAACAUUCUGAUAGUCUACAAACUCUUCAUGUUCAUCUUCGCAGUGAUCGCUGUACAGCUCUUCAAGGGCAAGUUUUUCUACUGCACAGAUAGCAGCAAGAUGACCAAAGAGGAAUGCAGAGGCCAGUUUGUGUUGUACGAGACUGAGAAUAAAGUUGUUGACCGAGAGUGGAAACGUUAUGACUUCCAUUAUGAUAAUGUUAUCUGGGCCCUGCUGACACUGUUCACUGUCUCCACUGGAGAAGGCUGGCCACAGGUUCUACAGCAUUCCGUGGAUGUGACUGAGGCUGACCAAGGACCAAUCCCAGGGAACAGAAUGGAAAUGUCCAUCUUCUACGUUGUAUAUUUUGUUGUAUUCCCCUUCUUUUUUGUCAAUAUCUUUGUGGCCUUGAUAAUCAUCACCUUCCAGGAGCAGGGAGACAAGAUGCUGGAGGAGAGCAGCCUAGAGAAAAAUGAGAGAGCCUGUAUCGAUUUUGCCAUCAGUGCCAAGCCCUUGACGAGGUACAUGCCACAGAACCGACAGACAUUCCAGUACAGAGUCUGGCACUUUGUGGUGUCACCCUCCUUCGAGUACACCAUACUGACCAUGAUAGCGCUCAACACUGUAGUUCUCAUGAUGAAGCAUCAUUCUCCCCCACCUGGCUUUGUGAGUGUGCUGAAACUGAUGAACAUUGCCUUCACCAUCACCUUCACCCUUGAAUGCAUCCUCAAAAUCAUUGCCUUUGGAUUCCUGAACUACUUCCGAGACUCGUGGAACGUAUUUGAUUUUGUGACUGUGGUGGGCAGCAUCAGUGAGAUCAUUGUAACAGAAUGCAAUCUGAAGUUCGUGAACCUGAGCUUCCUGAAGCUGUUCCGUGCUGCCCGACUCAUCAAGCUGCUUCGUCAAGGUUACACCAUCCGCAUCCUCCUCUGGACCUUCGUGCAGUCCUUCAAGGCUCUUCCAUAUGUCUGCCUCCUGAUUGCAAUGUUGUUCUUCAUUUAUGCCAUAAUUGGAAUGCAGCUUUUUGGAAAUAUCGGACUGGAUGACCAUACCCCCAUCAAUCGACACAACAACUUCCACACCUUCUUCAAUGCCUUGAUGCUGCUGUUCCGAAGUGCGACUGGGGAGUCCUGGCAAGAGAUCAUGCUGGCCUGCCUGAGUGGGAAGGAGUGCGAAGGGACCAGGGAGCCCACCUGUGGCACGGACUUUGCUUACUUUUACUUUGUCUCUUUCAUAUUCCUCUGCUCAUUCCUUAUGCUGAACCUGUUUGUGGCCGUCAUCAUGGAUAACUUUGAGUAUCUGACACGGGACUCAUCUAUCCUAGGCCCUCAUCACUUGGAUGAGUUUGUGCGGGUCUGGGCUGAAUACGAUCGGGCUGCCUGCGGCCGAAUCCAUUACACUGACAUGUAUCAAAUGCUGACCCUCAUGUCUCCACCGCUGGGUCUGGGGAAGAAAUGUCCUUCGAAAGUUGCUUACAAGAGACUGGUACUGAUGAAUAUGCCUGUGACCGAGGACAAGACUGUCCACUUCACCUCCACCCUCAUGGCCUUGAUCAGGACUGCACUUCAAAUCAAGCUUGCAAGAGGUGGAGCAGACAAGCAGCAGCUGGAUGCAGAACUGAGAAAGGAAAUCAUGACAAUUUGGCCUCACCUAUCACAGAAGACCCUGGACCUCUUGGUGCCCAUGCACACAUACACAGACUUAACGGUUGGGAAAAUUUACGCUGCCAUGAUGAUCAUGGACUACUACAAACAGAGCAAGAACAAGAAGUAUCAGAAACUGCAGGAAGAGCAGAGUCGAACACCCAUGUUCCAGCGGAUGGAAGCUUCCUCUCUACCUCCACAGAUCAUCUCCAGCUCUAAAGGUCUGCCUUUUCUGCAGGCAGACAGAGGACCUGACUUGGAUAGCAGAAGUGAAUUUGCCCCUUUGGUACCUUUACCCCCAGUCAUGUUCCAGCAAGGCAGGACAUCAAGCCAAGGAGAAGAAAUCCACAACCAACGGCCAAAGGAACUAAAGAAAAUGAAAGUAGAAUAUCCUCAUUAUGGUCACUAUCUCCCCAUUGAAAACCAGGGCCGGGCAGUAUCCAUGCCCCGACUAGAAACUGAGUCCGAGUCCACUGAAGAUCCAAGCCCCAUGAAGCGUUCCUUCUCCACGUUUACUGCCAACCACACAAACAGCGCCUGGCUCAAUGAGUACUCUUUGGAAAGAGCUGGUCCAGAGGACCUUUACCAAAAAUGGAGCCGACGACAUCUGAGGUCAUCCGUCAGAUCUUCAAAUGCAGGCAGCCACGAGAGAGGCCGUUCCAAGGAGAGGAAGCACCUCCUCUCACCUGAGAGGUCUCUCUGCAACUCGGAGGAGCGCGCUCAGCACCUACAGCACCCACAGCACCCAUGCCAGGACCAGAGGAUGUCUCGAUCACCAAGCCCAGGAUAUUCACACAGUGUACAGGAGCAGGUUAAGAGUGAGAGCCCAGUCCCUUCCACGUCCGGGACCAGUACACCCAAGCAUGGACGGAGACAGCUUCCACAAACGCCCACCAAGCCCCGGCCCCAUAUUUCAUACUCCCCUGUGGCACAGCGCCCCGACACCUUGUCACCCCCAUCCAGCCAAGCCACCCCAAGGAGCAGAGAGGCCAGGUAUCAGUCCCUGAGAGUUCAACCCAACAAGACACUGUGGACCGAGUCUCCUGGUCUGAGCAAGAAGACUGACAGCCAGCACUCGACGCCGCUGCGGUACAUUUCAGAGCCCUCCCUGACCCUCCAUGAUGAUCUGGGCAGCCUGGACCAGGCCCUUGGCGAGGAAACACUCACCUUCGAAGCUGCAGUGGCCACAAGCCUCGGCAGGUCCCACACCAUUUCUUCUGCGCCUCCUCUCAGGCACUCCUGGCAACUGCCCAACGGGAGUUACCGCACUCGAGUGGUGCGAUGCGGAGCAACCACUGUCCCCGACCCCUUCACUGACACUGAUGAGGACGACAAAUGCUAAACUUGGCACGAACGCAAAGGGGGUUGGGCAGGGGAGCGAAGGAGGAGGACGGGAGAGGAAAUCAAAUCACCGUGGUGCGUGGCUACAAGGAAAAACCAAAACAAAGAAGUCUGCAAAACCUUAUAAAUACUGAAGGGACCAGAUUCUCCAGGAGUGCAGUCUCCCAAGUGUGAAAGAUGAAGGUUUUGCUCCCACCUCUCCCAACUCCCCAGCACCCCAAACUGGACCAUGCAUGGAUAAGUCAAAGUGCAAGUUGGCAUUACCCAACUACAUAUGGACAAAGGUGUCAUUUCAGGAGAUUCAGCACAGGGACAUUGUAAAAGACCUCACACUCUUGCUGAAGCAGCAUUGGAUGAGUCUCCUGGAUCCUUCCCUUUGUACGUUACCAACAGUGACAGACACUUUGGAUGGGGAGAGAGUCAAGCCUGCUGCUCCCUCACUCCGAGUCCCAUAGGUUGUGUGUUGCUUGAAACCCCAAAACUUCCAACCCCUCCCCUGACCCUGUCCUGGGGUAGCAGCAGCCCCCUUGCCUUUCCUCCUUAUUUUUGAUCACCCAUUAUCUUUAUAUUUGAAAAAUGUUCUAUUCUUUCUGAAAAUCUAAACCAAAAAAAAGCUGUGCUAUACAAAUAUUGUUAACAUUUUCACCGAAAUGGUAAAUGUGUUGGCAGAAUCAGCUGUGCCCUGUGACUACAGCAGCAACAAACAGACAUCUUCAGCUGUGACUACAGUAGGAAUAGACAGGCAUUUUAUACUGUGACUACCAGUAGGGCCAGACAGAUGUCUCCUACAGUGAUUACAGUAGGACUAGUCAGGCUUCUCCGGCUGUCACUACAGUAAGACCACAUUGUCACCACCAACUGUGACUACAGCAUGAUCAGACAGGUGUUUCCGGUUGUGACUACCAUGCAGUUCAUUGCAGAGUGAUUUGGCAAUAACAGGCACUCCUGAAAUGUGCAAGGACCACAUGAAAUCCCAUGUGCUGUAAUGCUGCCACUUCUGAAGUGCUUUAAACAGAGAAAGUAGAAAAGUUUUAUUUGUAAAUAAUUACAGUUCUCCUUCCUUACUCUGCCAUCUUCCUGUAAUCCAUUUCCUACUUCCUGCCUGAAAGACUGCCCGGUGUGUGCUUCUAGUAUGAUGCAUGGAGUUUGGAAAGUUCUGUCAACCUAUUGAGUUCAGUGAUUAACUUACUGGCAUGUGAUUGAGAUUUUAAGAAGUGUUUCUGAUUUCUUUUCCAAUAUAUGAAACAUGUUUAAAUUAAACGCUUGAUUUUUAAUGCAAGAUGACCAUAACAUUCACUGGGCUUUGCCCCAGUGGCAUUGACUGAAACUCAGCCACUCUCUAGCCUUUUCACAUUGUACUUUUGGCACUGCGAUAGCCCUUUAUAAAGUGUAUUGUGUGGUAUUGACAAUCAGAAUGCUAAAAGGUGUUUGCUUUGUCCUGGAGCUUUAACUUUUAUGUCCAAAUCAAUAAAAAUCCUUUACCAGGUGAUGGUGUAGUGGUCUGAGAGUGAGUCCAGAUUGCCUCCCUUCCUGAAAGGACAUGUUACCAGCUCCCAAGCUUCACAACAGGUAUGAACAUACACUGGGGUCACUCUGCCAUAGCCACGUAGGGCAACAGAGAUGGUCAAAACCAUCCUCUCUGCAAUGGGUGGAAUGCAGCUGCGACAAAGAAGUCCCUUCAGUAAAGUGAUCUCAACCAAUCCAAACAUAUGGCUUGAAGGUGCUUGUACUCAGGGUGAGAAGGCUGGAAGGAGAAGUAGGGAUGACUCCAGGAGAUGGGGGAGGUGACACUGGGAGGGGGGAGGUGACACUGGGAGGAGAGAGGUGGGGCGAACCCAGGAGGGAAAGGGAAGAUGGGAUGAACCUGGUGGCAAGGUCACCUCCUGACAGAACAAGAAAGGUAGAGAUGAUCCUCAGAAAGGAGAUGUUGACCCAAGUGAGGAGUGGCGUUGAUCCCAAGGGAAGUGAAUAGCUGGGUUGAAAGAGUAAAAGUACCCUCUUGG